GUGCUAGUAAAUGAUCUAUCAUCAGCCGGUAUACAACUAAGUCUUGGCAUCGGCUACGGGCCGUAGCGACCCACUUUCAUUAUGUCUAAGAUUAAGUGCCUGGUUAGGUUGUAAAACCGAGCCUCGGUAAAAAGUUGGUAGGAAUCCAAUUCUAAAUUUCAUCAUCCGAAACAUUGUUUCUCAUUCAACCAAUAAGGUCACAUCUUAUUCCCAAACUGUCGGCUACGGCUUUCAAUAAUUCAGGGGCUUUGAAGCUUGGUUUGACGAGCUGUGGUCAUAGAUAAGACUAAUAUUGUAGCGCAUUGGAAUUGGAAUAUCGAUGCUUAUUCUUCACUGUUCUUUUGUUUAGCGCGUUUGGAAGAUUGAUCUUACUCAGUAUUACUGAAUCGGUCGACCUCGAAUUGGAAGUCUUGGGGUCCUAGAGUUACAUAUCGCGGGCUUCUUUUUUGUACAACCCGACAGCCCGAAUUGGUAUCAGAAACUCCGAAUUUGGUGAUCUUUUCUUGCUACCCGACCGAUAUAGGCCCAGAGCUUGGAAAGUACCAAGGGAAGAAGUUAGGUACCUAGGUAUCUAAGGGAGGAAAAGGAAAACAAGAAACAAAAAGAGCAGAUCCCAACGAAAGACGGAUAAUAGAAAGAAAUCAAGAUGGGCGAACACCGGCCAACGCUGGUCAGACCGCCUCCGGUAGACGAAUCCAAGGCGCCAAUCGAGAACGCCCUCGAGCUAACUGACCUCAGCAUCAUCGGACCUGAUAUUUUCACCAAUACCCGAGAACUUUGGCAUCCUCCUGGUGCGAGAGGUAUCUAUGGAGGCGCCGUGAUCGCCCAGACGUUAGCUGCUGCCCAGCGCACGGUACCAGAGAACUUCGUGGUACACUCGUACCACUGCUUCUUCGUUCUAGCCGGUGACUCGGCAGUGCCGAUCUUGUACCACGUCGAGCGAGUCCGCGAGGGCCGCUCGUUCUGCACGCGUACAGUCCAAGCGCGUCAACGCGGACAUGCGAUUUUCACUGUUACGUGUUCAUUUGUGCGUGAUGGCAGUGGAGGGAAGGUCAGCGCUGAACACGCAAAACCUAUGCCGAAAGGCGUGAGGGAACGGGCACCACCUGAUGAGGGGUAUGCUGAGCCGGAGUUCUUGGCCCGGAGGAAGAGGGAUGAUCCGUUUGAGACUUAUCGGUGUGGGACUGAGGACGGAGAGGGAAAGGGGGGGGAGGGGGAUAGGCCCGAGAAUAAACGCGUACAACUCUGGGUCCGCGCCCGUGGGAAAAUCAGCGAGGAGGGCGGACAUCGCGCGCAUCUUAGCGCGUUGGCGUAUAUAUCUGACUCCUAUUUCAUCGGGACGAUCCCCCGGAUCCAUCGUUUAUGGCGGUAUCCCGUUCGCGUUGAGGAUUUGCCGAAGUUAGAACCGGAUGUACGUGAGUUUUUGGAAAAGGAGAAUGAGUGGGAGGGGUUUGGUGGUUCGCUUGAAUCGUAUAAGGGACGGCCGGCCGUGGGGAUGAUGGUUUCACUUGAUCAUUCGAUUUAUUUUCAUAAUUCGAAGAAGGUGAAGGCGGAUGAGUGGAUGUUUACAGAGAUGGAUAGUCCUUGGGCCGGGGAUGGGAGGGGUGUUGUUAUGCAGAGGAUUUAUAGUAAGGACGGUACUUUGCUUGCUACGGCUUUUCAGGAGGGCGUCGUAAGGUUAAAGCAGGACGAGCCAGAAACGGAGAAAGCGAAGCUAUGAUAGAUAGACCGGGGCGUCGCAUGGUUACCUAGAAGGGGUUACGCGGAUGUAGUAUUAGACCUGCCAACAACGGAAGCGGCAGCGGCACAGGUGUUGAUGGGUACACGACUUGGGAACUUUUGUCUUGAUAGGGGUUUACCGGCUCGGGUAUAUCGGCGAUGGUCGGAGAAGUCGUACAUAAGAAUUGUUUGCAAAUUUAGAUAGACUAUUUUGAGAUUCAUACCUAUAGAACGUAAUACCAGUUUGUAUAUUUCA